ACCGCCCCCGAUCCACCAUUCCUCCUCCGGAUUUCGCAGUCAGCGGUGAGCCUGCCCCUAACCCAUCCCUCCCCCACCCUCUCCCAGAUCUGAGCUCCUUGCGCUGUCAGAUCUCUGCUCCCGAUCCAUCUCCGGCUGCCGCGCGCGGUAGAUCUCCGUUCGGCAGCGUGUGAUCUGCCCGAUCCGUGCGGUUGGGUCUGGAUCGGGUGGUGAAGGUAGCGGGCGCGGAGGAAGAUGGGGCUCGCGUUCGGGAAGCUCUUCAGCCGGCUCUUCGCCAAGAAGGAGAUGCGGAUUCUUAUGGUCGGUCUCGACGCCGCCGGUAAAACCACCAUCCUCUACAAGCUCAAGCUCGGCGAGAUCGUCACAACCAUCCCCACCAUCGGUUUCAAUGUUGAAACUGUUGAGUACAAGAACAUUAGCUUCACGGUCUGGGAUGUCGGGGGUCAGGACAAGAUCAGACCUCUCUGGAGGCAUUACUUCCAGAACACACAGGGUCUUAUCUUUGUUGUGGAUAGCAAUGACCGUGACCGUGUUGUUGAAGCCAGAGAUGAGCUGCACAGGAUGCUGAACGAGGAUGAGCUACGUGAUGCUGUGCUGCUUGUUUUCGCCAACAAGCAAGAUCUUCCUAAUGCCAUGAAUGCUGCUGAGAUCACUGACAAGCUUGGAUUACACUCCCUGCGGCAGCGACACUGGUACAUCCAGAGCACUUGUGCCACAACUGGCGAGGGUCUGUACGAGGGCCUGGACUGGCUGUCCAGCAACAUUGCGAGCAAGGCUUGAAUAUCAAAUGCGAACUGACUAGGAGCUCCGGAUGUAUCAUGGAAACUUAGGACAGAAUCGCCUCUACAACCUGUUAGGUGUCUUCUACCGGCACAAUAUAUUUUUUGUUUGGAAUAUGUAAUGAUGUUACGGUUCAACGUUUAUUCUACCCUACUAUACUGUUGGAUGUUCUUUGGGCCUGUUUCAUUUUGCACAAGGAUUGGAGUUCCAAUAUCAUGCUACAUUUUAAAUU